CGGAACAUGUCGUAUACCAACGAACGAAGAGAUAACGAUCAAUGGUCGGGCGAAUCUAAGAACGGUCCGAGCGACAAUGAUCGUGAAUAUGCUGCUGGCCCACCGGGCAUGGACCCCGAUGGCGUCAUCGAGUCCAAUUGGGACAUUAUUGUCGACAACUUUGAUGAUAUGAAUCUGAAAGAAGAACUGUUGCGCGGUAUCUACGCUUACGGAUUUGAAAAACCUUCAACUAUCCAGCAGCGUGCUAUUUUGCCGUGUGUUAAAGGACAUGACGUUAUUGCCCAGGCUCAGUCUGGUACUGGUAAAACUGCUACCUUCUCGAUUUCUAUUUUAGAAAAGAUUGAUACAAGUCUGAAUGAGUGCCAGGCCUUGAUCCUUGCACCCACUCGUGAAUUGGCCGUACAGAUUCAGAAAGUAGUGAUUGCCCUGGGUGAUUUCAUGAAUGCACAAUGCCACGCUUGCAUCGGUGGUACCAAUGUCCGCGACGAUAUGCGCAAGUUGGAGCAAGGCGCUCACGUAGUCGUUGGCACGCCCGGCCGUGUUUUCGACAUGAUGAGUCGAAAUGCAUUGCGCUCCAAACAUAUUAAAUUGUUUGUCCUCGAUGAAGCUGAUGAGAUGCUUUCUCGUGGAUUUAAAGACCAAAUUCACGAUGUUUUCAAACUCUUACCACCUGAAGUCCAAGUGAUUCUACUAUCUGCUACUAUGCCCACGGACGUGCUUGAAGUAUCCAUGUGCUUUAUGAGAGACCCUAUCCGUAUUCUCGUUAAGAAAGAGGAGUUGACUCUUGAGGGUAUUAAACAGUUCUUUAUUUAUAUUGAACGCGAGGACUGGAAACUUGAUACUCUGUGCGAUCUCUAUGGCACACUAUCAAUCACUCAGGCUGUUAUUUUCUGCAACACUCGUCGCAAGGUCGAUUGGUUAACCGAAAAUAUGCACCGCAAAGAUUUUACUGUCUCUGCUAUGCACGGUGACAUGGAGCAGCGCGAGCGUGACGUUAUUAUGCGUCUCUUCCGUACUGGAUCCUCGCGUGUCUUAAUAACUACUGAUCUUCUCGCUCGUGGUAUCGAUGUCCAGCAGGUUUCCUUAGUUAUCAACUAUGAUUUGCCCUCAAAUCGAGAAAACUACAUUCACCGUAUCGGACGUGGUGGCCGUUUUGGUCGUAAAGGUGUCGCGAUUAACUUUGUGACAGCCGAAGAUAAAAGAACUUUGAAGGAUAUUGAGCAGUUUUAUAAUACGCGCAUCGAUGAGAUGCCCAUGAAUGUCGCUGAUUUGAUCUAAACGUGCCCGAGGAUAAAUUAUUCUUUAUAAAAGAAUAAAAAUAAGUGCAAAAAGGAGCUCUCAGCUAAUAUCUUUCAUGUGGUGUGUGAGUAUACUCUGAAUACUGAUUUUGUGAAAAAUAAUCGCUUGGAUAUAAGCGCAAAUUGUACCGCGGAUUAUAUUCCUACGGGUAUUAAUAAUUAUUCUUCAAGUUACUUUUGUUUAAAAAAAACAAGUGCGUAGACUUUUACAGUAGGUGAAAGAAAUAGUUUCACGGAUUGUGUGCUUUUAUAUAACGCAGCCGUGAUUAUUUACGCUACUGAUUAUAUAACUCUUAAAAUAUUACCAUAAUCACUUAUACACAUGUAUAUUAGUAUAGUUAGUACCGUAAAAACUGGCUAAAAUCAUAAGAAAAAUCAGCUGACAAGCGUUUGCUCUUCGCGGUAAGCCGCGUUGACACGCGUGGCCCGCAGGUCGCAUCUUAGUGGCUCGAAGGUGAAGCAUUAGCUUUCACCGGGUCUAAGGGAAUUGAUAAUUAAACUUUUUUUUAUUUAUUUGUGUCUCAGUCAGUUUUCGGUAUUAUUAUAAUUAUUUUAUCAAUAU